AUGCUAUCCACCGACCAUUAUAACGUCUUCAAGGCAACACCCGGAGUGCCACGUCGUCUAUCGUAUUCUAGACGACGUCUACCCCCUCCUCCGCCUCCGGAAAUGCUCCAUUUCAUCGAUUCAUCUGGGUCGGAGGAUGAUUUGGAUGAGUUGCCACGUCAUCUACCACCAGUCGUUCGAAGGCUGGCACCGCUCAGACAUGCCACGUCGUCAUACAACUUGAAGUCGACUGGCACAUCCUCAGAAUCUUCCAGCACCUCUUCUAGCACGUCUUCUGGGUUUGAGAAUGUCUCCAGAAUAUCGAUGAAUGCUAGAAGAGCGUCUUGCUUUGAACUGAACAAGGAAGAUGAGUUCAAAGUGAUGGCUGCCGACAAGUUACUUCAAGCCAUGGAGAACAUGAAGCACGCCACGUCAUCUCAAGCCAUCAGAUGGCGUUGCACGUCUACAGAAUCCCUGCCGGGGAUCGUGGCGUCUUCCAAAUCGAGAAGACACUCGAAGGGACCGUUGGAGUUGAUUCAGGGUUUGAUGGCAAAGAAGGCGGCGCAGAAAAGGGACUUGGGGGUUGUGGGGCCACCGACUCUAAUCUCCUCGACGGUUUCGCUUCAUGAGAUUUCUACCCGCGGCCCAGCCACUCAAUCCGAACAGACGCAUCAAAAAACCGCCGGAAAUCACAACCAAUUGACCAGAAAUAUUAUGAAUGAGGUCCUCACAAAAGUCGGACCAUACCCACAAAUAGUUUUGCCAUCAAAUGGAUUCUGGAUGGAUGGUGUCACUCAACAACAGGCUGGAAUGAUGGAUGAUCAAGUAAACAAUAUGAAUGUGAACAGUUGUGCUCGAUUCAAGUUGGAGACUGAUGAGACAAGUCAUUGUUAUAGAAGACACUUUUAUGGACGGGAGCACCACGACUUCUUCGCCAACGAUCCAAACAUCGGUCCACUCGUUCUCAGUGUCCGCACCGAAGUCAUCUCUUCCUGUGACCAUUUCCGUAUCAUUCUCCGUACCCGCAAGGGAACUAUCCACGAGAUCGUAUCAGCCACGGCUCUCGCCGACCGCCCAUCCGCUUCCCGAAUGGCGAAACUUCUUUGCGAGGAGAUCACCACUGAACACUUCUCGCCAGUCGCCUUCCCAGGAGGCUCAGAACUUAUUGUACAAUACGAUGAGCAUGUGCUCACCAACACUUAUAAAUUCGGAGUUAUUUAUCAGAAAGGAGGUCAGACCACCGAGGAGCAACUUUUCGGGAAUCCACAAGGAAGCCCAGCGUUUGAUGAGUUCUUGUCAAUGAUUGGGGAUACUGUACCGCUUUAUGGGUUCCAGAAAUACCGCGGCGGCCUCGACACGGUCCACAAUCAAACCGGUCACCAAUCGGUCUUCAGUGAAUUCAAAAAUCGUGAAAUCAUGUUCCACGUGUCAACCAUGCUACCGUAUACCAUUGGUGAUGCUCAGCAACUACAACGAAAGAGACAUAUUGGAAAUGAUAUUGUGGCUAUCAUCUUCCAAGAGGCCAACACUCCAUUUGCUCCGGAUAUGAUCGCCUCCAACUUUUUACACGCUUAUGUUGUGGUCCAACCAAUCGACGCGCUCACCGAUCGUGUCCGUUACCGUGUCUCCGUCGCUGCACGUGACGAUGUUCCAUUCUUCGGUCCAACUCUUCCAACCCCAUCAAUCUUCAAAAGAGGACAAGACUUUAGAAAUUUCCUCCUCACCAAACUAAUCAACGCUGAAAAUGCUGCAUAUAAGAGCUCCAAAUUUGCCAAACUAGCCGAACGCACCCGCUCAUCCCUCCUCGACGGUCUCCAUGCAACUCUUCGUGAACGCGCCGAAUUUUACGCCACGCCCCUUUUGGAAUCCACGUCUUCUGGAAACUCAGAUGCUCAUUCCUCCACGUCAUCCACGUCUUACGGUGGUGGAAUUUUGAAUUCAGUGAAGAAGGCGUUUAUUGGAAGAAGUCGUUCGGUGUCACAGGAGGCGUCACAUGUUCCACACAGAGCUGCAACUAUCAAUGUGACGAGUCGCCCGAAAAAGUCGAUUUCUUCGACUAGCUCGUCUGCGUCUGCAAGGACUCACAGUCCGAUUCGAGAUGAUGUGGCGAAAACCUACGGAAGAAAUGAAUGGGAAAUCUCGUCUCAAGAGUCACCGGACAACGAACACGACUCGGAUACCGGAAUGGAAUCAAUGUCCUCCACCGAGUUAUCCGGUCAGACCCGUGCCUCCUCGUGCACAUUUUGUGUAGACGAUUACCACGGCGGUGGCUCACAUGCCACGUCAUCAGAUGCGAAACGUCUGGAGACGUUGUGUGUUGAUGUGGCACGUCUUCAGAAUGAGAAACACGACUUGUUAAGACAGAAUGUGUCGUGCAAAACUGAUAUUAAGAAGUUGAAGGAUCGCGAAAGUAUCCUAUCCGAAGAGCUCGACCGUGCCAAUGACGAAAUCUCUCGUCUCCGCCGAAUGCUCAAAAAACCAUCGAAUAGCGACAUGGCACCAGUGCACCAACACUUUGAGAGAAGCUAUUCAGAUGUCUCCAGAGACGAUGAGGAGGAAGUUUUGGGGAACGCCGGAGGAGAGUUGGAGCCACUUGUUGGAGAGGCUCCGCCUGUCGACGUGGCACCACGUGGCAGUAGAAGACGUUGGACGAGUGGAGGUGGUGUGGACGCGCCGCCGUCAAUGGAUAGUCUCAUUGGGGUGGAGAACUUGGAGCCGGACACUGGGUACAUCAGAUUCUCGACGUCGGAUUUGGUGUUGGUAGAUUUUUGGUCGGUGGGGUCGUCGAGUGGGGUGUAG